AUGCGUUUGUAUACAAUGAAAAAGCGUUAUUUCGUUGUUGUCACAGUUACAUUCUCCCUAAUUAUUGGAUGUUCUAUAAUUUUUGGUCUAUUUGGUCCCAAUGUUUCAAAUUCCGUUACUGUUUCCACUUUGAUUCGUCCAAGUAUAACUAGUUUAGAAUCUAGUGUAUGCGAGGUAGAUUCUCCAUCUCUUUCAGUUUUUCAUCGUGAGCUGUGGUUAUCUGCUAUAAUUAAUCGUGCGCCCUUAGAACAAAAUGCCAAAGUAUCAGUAAAUAUCAAUACGUCUAUUCAAGUACAGAUACCCCAUCUAGCUACUGCUGGGAGUAGAAUUGGAAUGUUUAAAUCAGAUCCGAAUUAUAAAAAUUUUGUAGUCCAAAUGGGUCCAAUUCACAACCGGACUAUUCAAGUGAAUUGUCCCGAUACAAAAUGUGACGAACUAUUCCUAUUUCAUCUUAUUCCAGUUGAUUUCACCAUUUAUAAAUUCCAUGUAACAUUCUAUCAUGAAUUAAGUAAUAAUCAUUUAAAAUACGAAGAUUAUGAAGGCGAACAUUUAUUAUUUAAAAUAAUCAGUGUGGAUUUCAUUUUUCAAUAUUAUACUAUUGAAUUUACUUAUAUGGAAUUAGUAGUGAAGUUCAUACUUUUUGUUAUUUCAGAAGCAGUUACUAUUUGGUUUUAUAUUAAGAUGAAAAAAUUCAGUCUUAAUUAUUGGACAAUUGAACAGUGUUGUAUGGCUAUCUUAUUGCCUCUACUCAUACUUUAUAAUAAUCCUUUAUAUCCCCUUCAAUAUUUAACAACAAAUUGGUUUCCAUCAUGUCUUGGUUAUCUGUUUCAAAUCACAUUUGUCGCUGUAUUAUUAUUAGUUUGGUUAUGUAUAUUCCAUGGUAUACGAAUUUCUAAAAGGACGUUUCAGAAAUUUUAUCUACCGAAAAUCUGUUUGAUUAGCAUAUUCUGGCUAAUCAUAUUCUUAUUAAUUACUUGGAAAGUUUAUGUGGAACAUCACGAACCAGUGUUUGAUAUUCUAGAAUAUACGGAUCUUCUUAUCUUUACUGUGGUUUUUGUUAGUCUAUUUGGUUUUAUCUAUGUGGUACUAUUCACUGUGCUAUUCAUUCGAGCCUGUCAUAAAUUAAGAAAAUUACCAUAUUUUAACUUGCGUUUAUAUUUUCUAACAUUCCAAUCAAUAAUCUUCAUUAUCGUCUUAGGAUUUGCAUGUCUAUUACACUUUAAUGAGAGAUUAUUAUCUCAAUCCAUGAAUUAUGUCCGUAAUGUUAAGGGUAAUACCAGUAAAAUGACUGUACAACAGCAGAAUUCUCAAAAUUACAUAGGAUUACAACAUCGAUUUAAUGAUAUACUCGGUUAUCAUUCAACACUUGAAUUCUCAUUGAUACAGUUCACUAUUAAUUCAUACAUAAUUCUAUUGGCAUUUGUUUACUCUCCACCAAAUAAUACACAAAUAGUCAGUUAGAUAGUGAUGAUCAACUUAGUGCCUAGCAAAAAUAAAUGUUGACCAAAAUUUCCAAAUCACAAUUACCAUAACGAAAUAAAGUGAACUAGAUGAACAGCAAGGGGAUUAAGAUAAUGUAGUAAAUAGUACAACUAGCAGGACUGCUUCACCUUCAGACCAUGGAUUUGCUAUUUUUAUUCUUACCGUGCUCUUCAACCAAUCUCUAUAGUAUAAUAGGACUUCAAGGUAUUUUCUUUUGUUCUGUUAACUGGAUGGUCUAAUUACAAAGAUUUUAUUGUUUUAUUUGUUAUGUCCUAUGGCCUGUCAAAUAUCAAGUGACUAAAUUGGAUAAUCGAAGUUAAUAGAUCAAAUGAAACCUCAUGAUAAAAUGAAUAUAUAUACCAAUUGAUGAGAUUACAGAUGUGUGAAAAUUGUAUGCGUGAUAUCAAGUGCAAAACGAGGAAAAUUAUUGAAGUACUUGAAGUACAGAUGAUAACUAGUGGAUUUUAGUUAUCAGAUUCAGAUAGUGAUGCGUUCGAGAGUGUAGACAGCUUGUGAAAGUUCAUCAUAUAUCUUUACCGGUUUGUUGUCUUUCUGUGGACAUCAAGGUUCCAUCCUCCACACUAAAAAAUUAUACUAGUUUAAAAUUAUGUUAUGCACAAACUGGAGUGUAACUAAUAUAUUCUUG